GUGAGCGCAACACUGCCCAACAUGCCUAAGGUGAUAUGCUCUGCACUAGAUGCUGGGUCUUUGACCCUCCCAGAGAAGUAAUCAAUCCCGCCAGCCUCAGAAGGUCGUAUCACAGUGCCGUCACUGAAUCUUCCAAUCCAGCAUACAAACAUCGAGACUGGCAGGCUGACACGCAUUUUCUUCGAUCUCGGCAUGCGCCAUGAUCUGACGAGGUAUCCACGUGAUCUCCAGCAGUGCCUCCGACAUCGCAUGCGGUUGAAUACAGGUCAGGACAUUGUGUCCUCUCUUAAACAGGGUGGCCUCGAAUCUGAAGUCAUUCACCAUGUCAUCUUCAGUCACCAGCACUAUGACUAUAUUGGGGGCCCGUCGGAUUGCCAAAGGCCGAGGACAAAGUUCAUUGUAGCGCCGGAUUCUCUUGGACUGCUU